AUUUGCUCAUCAUAUAAGGGGACAAGAAUCGGACAAGUUGAUCAAAGUGGGUUUGCGUAUCAUAUUGAAAUAUCUGAUUGGGUUUAAUCCGACAUCAAAACGGAAAUCAGUGAAUUGUUAGGCACCAUUCUGGACACCACUAAAUCAGUAUAUAGCAAGAUUCAGAGAGGAAAAAUUGCCUUGAGGUGAAAUCACUGGACUAGCCUUUGUUUCUCUUAUAUGCUUGACUGGGAUUGAUAUUUUGGGAAGACGGUGGUGUAUUGAUUGAUGGCUUCACAGAUUCUGGCGGCGGCGGCAGGGAGGACGACAACGGCAGCGAGGAGGCAAGCGGUGAGCUUGACAGAGGCGGCGGCUUCAAGAAUACGGCAGCUGCUGGAGCAGCGGCAGCGGUCAUAUCUGAAGCUCAGGGUUAAGGCGCGUGGCUGCAACGGCUUGUCGUAUACUCUCAAUUACGCUGAUGAUAAAGGAAAGUUUGAUGAGUUGGUUGAAGAUAAAGGCGUGAAGAUAUUGAUCGAUCCAAAGGCUCUGAUGCAUGUUAUUGGAACCAAGAUGGAUUUUGCGGAUGACAAGCUCAGGUCUGAGUUCAUAUUUAUCAAUCCCAAUUCAAAAGGACAAUGCGGCUGUGGUGAAUCUUUCAUGACAACUGGUAGUGCUGGAGCUACUAAGCACAGCAGCUCCUAAUCAGUUAUGGCCAACUUGUGAUCAGCCAAGACUUCGACUAACAAAUUUUGUCCUGGCGGUGGCAUGUGAUAUAGCAAUCACAGCUGACAUGGUCCUCAAGUUCAUCUUCUUUGUAAAGCUGAUUCCAGAUUUCUUAACAAGUUGUAGACCUGUAGUGUAUUGAAUUGUAUGAACUUUUGUAAUGUACACGUAAAAGCUGCCGACCUGUUGGUGUUGGAGCAGUGAAAAGAAAUUGUCAUGGGAAUUUAUAAACCUUUCCUGGUCUACUUGCUAAAGACUUCAGGACCAUAUGCUUCUAGGCUUGGUUCUAUUGAGUCUCUGGAAGCUAUGUUUAUGCAAUCUUUACUUGGGUAUAUAUCUCUUGAGAAAGAUGAGCAUGCCUUAGUAUGCAAGUUUUAACCACUUAUAUGCCGUGGUAUAUCACUUCUUUCAUUCUUGAUUCU